GUUAUAGACGAACUUUGGAUGCAACCAGUUCGAGAUGGUUUUGAUAAUCGUCACCUUUUUGCUGGUACUGCUGGUGCUGCUCUACAAAUAUGCCAUGGAUCCAUAUAAGACCUUCGAGGAGCGUGGCGUGGCGCAUGGCAAACCGAGACCCUUACUGGGGAAUUUAAGUGUGCGUGUUUUACUGGGACGUAAAUCGUUUCUGAAGCAUCUCAUCGAACAGAACAUCGCGUUGAGGCAUCACAAGAUCUACGGCUUUUACAAUCUGCGCGAACCAUUCUUUAUAUUACAUGAUGUGGAGCUGAUCAAACGUGUGGGCAUCCAGGACUUUGAGCAUUUCAUCAAUCAUCGGCCAAUGAUACCCGAGACGGGUGAAACAAUCUUCUCGAAGAGUCUGAACGGACUGAAGGACGACAAGUGGAGGGAAAUGCGUAAUACGCUAACUCCAUCCUUUACGGGCAGCAAAUUGAAGGCGAUGUUCGAGCUGAUCAACGAGUGCAGUGUGGAGGGUGGACGUUAUUUAGAAGCCGAGCUACUUAAGAGCAACAAGCGAGAGAUCGACCUGGAAAUGAAGGAUUAUUUUGGAAGAUUUGCCAACGAUGUUAUUGCAUCGGCAGCGUUUGGCAUCAAGGUCAAUUCGUUUGUGGAUAAAAAUAAUCAGUUCUAUACGCUAGCCAACUCCGUGAUGCAUUUCUCGUUUCUAUCCCUAAUCAAGGUUAUACUGUAUGGCAUUAUGCCGAGGGUUAUGAAGGCCUUGCGCGUCAAACUCUUCAAUGGCAAGAAAAUCGAUUACUUUUGUAGUAUCGUUUUCGAUGCCAUGAAAUAUCGCAGAGAACAUAACAUAAUACGACCCGAUAUGAUCCAUUUGCUUUUGGAGGCCAAGCGGCAAUUUCAACAGAAUGAAACAGUGGACAGCUCUACGGAACGCGCAGAGUUCAACGAUGAGGAUCUGUUGGCGCAGUGUUUGCUGUUCUUCUUCGUGGGCUUCGAGGUGAUGUCGACUAGCCUCUGCUUUCUCACCUAUGAGCUCUGUCGCAAUCCGGACGUACAGGCGAAACUGUAUGAGGAGAUUUCAGCCGUGGAGCAGGAGCUGCAGGGUCAGCCGCUCAGCUACAAUAUGUUGGCCAAGAUGAAGUAUCUGGAUUUGGUCAUAUGCGAAGCGCUGCGUAUGUGGCCGCCUGCGUUCAGCUUGGAUCGGAUGUGCGGCAAAGAUAUCGAUAUGUACGAUGAGAAUCAGGAACUGUUGGCCAAGUUUCGAAAGGGCGACAUUAUUCAAAUACCGAUUAUAGCGCUGCAUCGCGAUCCUCACAAUUUUCCAGAGCCAGAAGUCUUCAAGCCGGAACGCUUUUUGGAUGAGAACAGGGCGAACAUAAAACCCUUUACGUAUUUACCUUUCGGCGUGGGACCACGCAGUUGCAUAGGCAAUCGCAUGGCUUUAAUGGAAAUCAAAUCCAUCAUCUAUCAUUUGGUUAGCAAAUUUGAAUUGUUGCCAACUGAGAAAACGGUCAAGAAUAUGCUGGAGAGCCUCAAGGGUUUUCAUAUGCAGCCCAAGGAAAAGUUUUGGCUGAAAUUGGUGCCCAGAAAAUUGGACUAUAGAAGCAAAAUGUUUUUGAUUGUCGGCACGCUCGUGAUCGUAUUGUGCGCAUUACUCUACAAAUGGUCAGUGGCCAAGUACCAGACGUUCGAGCAGCGGGGCAUACCCCACGAAAAGCCCACUCCGCUGCUGGGUAAUAUGCGCUUCAAGGAGCUAUUCGGCCUAUCUCCGCAUUUGGUCAGGCAAAUCGAACAGUAUCAGCAAUUCAAAGACUCCAAAGUCUAUGGCGCAUACUUUUUACGUGAUCCGAUAUUUGUGUUGCGCGAUCUGGAGCUUAUCAAGAGUGUGGGCGUUAAGCAGUUCGAUCAUUUCGUCAAUCAUUCAGGAUCCGAGCAGUUCCAGACGCUGCUGUCGAAGAGUCUGGUGCAGUUGAAAGAUCGCGAAUGGCGCGAUAUGCGCAGUAUAUUAUCGCCCACAUUCACGGGCAUCAAAAUGCGUGCGAUGUACGAACUGAUUAAUGCGUGCAGUGAGGUGGGCGUGGCCUACAUUGAGGAUCAGCUGAAGAGCGCCAAUGGCAAUGGCAUCGAGCUGGAGAUGAAGGAUUAUUUCACGCGUUUCACCAACGACGUCAUCGCCUCCGCUGCCUUUGGCAUCAAGGUCAACUCGUUCGAGGAGCAGAAUAACAAAUUCUUUCAGCUCGGACAAACUGUGACCACAAUUACCGCUGCCACAAUGCUGAAGGCGUUGCUGUUUACGUUUAUGCCCAAGUUGAUGAAGUCCCUAGGCCUUAGCAUUCUGGAUGAAAAGAUGAUCAAUUACUUUAGAUCUCUGGUAUUUGAUGCCAUUAAGUUUCGUGUGAAGAAUUCAAUAAUACGACCCGAUAUGAUACACUUGCUAAUGGAAGCACAGCGCAAGGUUAACGAAUCGGAGGAGUCUAAUAAAAAAUUCACAGAUGAUGAUUUGUUGGCUCAGUGCUUGCUCUUCUUCUUUGCGGGCUUUGAGACGGUGUCCACCUGCCUGUGCUUUGUCACCUAUGAGUUGUGCAUGAAUCCGGCGGUGCAACAGCAGCUCUAUGAAGAGAUUUUGGAUGUGGAGCAGCAGCUGCAGGGAAAACCCCUCGAUUACGAUAGUCUAAUGCAUAUGAAGUAUAUGGAUAUGGUCGUAUCGGAAGCAUUGCGCAAAUGGCCGCCGGCACCGCAAACGGAUCGUGCUUGCAACGCAGAUAUCGAUUUACGGGAUGAGAACAAUGAGAUUGUCAUCUCACUGAAAAAGGGUGACCGUGUAUUCAUACCCAUUGCGGGCUUGCACUACGAUCCGGAGUAUUUUCCCGAUCCCGAAGAGUUUCGACCGGAACGCUUUGCCGAGCAAAAUAAAGAAGAUAUUAAACCAUUUACAUAUAUGCCAUUCGGUGUUGGGCCACGCAGUUGCAUCGGCAAUCGCAUGGCUCUAAUGGAGGUCAAAUCAAUCAUAUAUCAUCAGCUGCUCAAGUUCGAAUUGUUGCCGUGUAAAAAAACAACAUUAGAUAUGAUGAACAACAUCAUGGGCUUCCAAAUGGCGCCCAAGGAUAAAUUUUGGCUUAAAUAUGUGGCCAGAAAGAAUGAAACAGUUAACUGAAUGCGAUAUAAAAUUGAUGAAUUAAAAGUUGGAUUAAUUUAAAUUUUGCAGCAUAACAAAUUUUUUUUUAAGCAAAUAGUUGCUGCACUUUAAGCUAAUUAUUCAUUUUCCAUUCUAAUUAAAAGUUUGUCUGGCGCCACACGUUGAAUGCAUUUCAUUAAUCAGCGAACAGGAAAUUACACUAAAUACUCUCUCGUGCUUUA